AUGUUCACUAGUGCACAACAUAUUUUCAGUUCUUUACAGCAUAUUGAUUUAAUGAUUGGAAUUGAUGGAUUACCUUUAUUUCACAGUAAUAGUGGCAAGCUAUGGGCAAUUUUAGGAUCUGUAUUAAAUAUUCCAUCCUUGUCAUCAACUGUUUUUCCUGUUGGCAUUUAUUUAGGAUUAAAGAAACCCAGUAGUUGUUUUGAAUUUCUAAAUGGUUUUGUAGAAGAAAUUGUUGGCCUAAUCAGGAAUGGUUUAAUUUGUAAUGGCAAAAAUAUAGCUGUCAGGGUCAAGGGAAUUUGUUGUGAUGCCCCUGCCAAAGCUUUUAUUUUAGGCAUUAAAGGUCACAACGGAUAUUUCUCGUGUACGAGAUGUAAACAGGUAGGGUCUUUCUUUGAUAAUAGGAUGACUUUUCCUAUAUUUGACACUGCCUUGAACCCAUGCGGGAUUUAUCAACAAAGAAGACACAGAAUUCAAUACUGGUAA